AUGUCCUACACCAUCAAAGUCCGCGUCUACCAAACCAGCCAAAACGCCUAUUUCCACAUCGUCGAAAAAGCCUGCUGGCACUAUGCCAACGGCUCCGAGUGGAAAGAGGAGAACGGCGUUCUGUCACUCUACAUGGGCGGCAGCGGCACCUCCGGCCUGCUCCGCUUCAAGACCGAGCAGGGCAAGGAAGGUUUCUUCGUGGCCCUCGGCGUGCACAACUACAAGCCCUGGGUUGACACCAUCACCGGUCUUGCUGAUAACGUUACUGGUGUCAAGGCCUUGCCUGAGUACUACGGUGAGGCUUCUGAGAGGACUCGAAGCCGAGAGAGUCAGAGAACUGAGCAGACGAUUUUGAACAUUGAUCGUAGGAACAUUUCUACCAAGUAUCGUGUUAAGGACGGAAACAACCUUGAACUUGAUAUCAUUAUUGGUUAA